ACGCAAAGGCAAAGAGGUCAAGAGGAGGAGAGGGUGAAAGCACGUGUGCGCCAACACAGCCUUGUCCUUCCUGAGCGCACUUUGUUUGUCUAAGCCACCUUCGCAUGUCGCCAGCCGACCAGCCUUUUCCAAAACACGCACACUUCUUCUCCUGCCCUGCAACAUGGUGAGCAAGACGGAUGACAUCCCGGCGUCAGCGCCCAGCUGUGGUCCGGCGGAGCUUGCGGACGAAGCCGGGGAUGGAGCCCGGGACGCGGACGGAGGCAGCAGGACGCAUCUGAAGGAGUCGUGCGGAUGUGAACACAGUGCAGACACAGCCAUGGUGAAUGGCGGCGGCACACACGAGCACACAGAAGAAGCGGAGUCAAAGCUGGACGGGCACAGCGAGGCUAACGGUAGCGAUGAGUCUAACGAACAGGAGGUGAUCGUGAUCCAGGACACCGGCUUCACUGUGAAGAUCCAGUCUCCUGGAGCCGAGCCUUUCGACCUCCAGGUGUCUCCCCAGGAGAUGGUGCAGGAGAUCCACCAGGUGUUGAUAGACCGAGAAGACACCUGCCACCGCACCUGCUUCUCACUGCAGCUGGACGGGAACGUGCUGGCCAACUUUGCUGAGCUCAAGUCCAUCGAAGGCCUGCAGGAAGGAUCACUGCUCAAAGUGGUGGAAGAGCCAUACACGGUGCGUGAAGCCCGGAUCCACGUGCGUCACAUCAGAGACCUGUUGAAGAGUCUGGACCCCUCGGACGCCUACAACGGAGUGGACUGCAACUCUCUCUCCUUCCUCAGCGUCUUCACAGAUGGCGACCUCGGAGAUAGUGACAAGCGGAAGAAAAAGGGCAGCGAGCUGGAUCAAAUCGACUGCACCCCUCCAGAACACAUCCUGCCUGGCGGUAAAGAUCGCCCCCUGGUUCCCCUUCAGCCACAGAACAAGGACUGGAAGCCUAUGCAGUGCCUGAAGGUCCUGACCAUGAGCGGUUGGAACCCUCCCCCUGGUAAUAGGAAGAUGCACGGUGACCUCAUGUACCUGUACAUGGUGACAGUAGAGGAGCGCCAUGUCAGCGUCACUGCCUCUACACGCGGCUUCUACCUCAACCAGUCGACUACUUACACCUUCAAUCCUAAACCAGCAAACCCGAGUUUUCUCUGCCAUUCUCUGGUGGAAUUGCUGAGCCAGAUCAGCCCCGCCUUUAAAAAGAACUUCACGACCCUGCAAAAGAAAAGGGUCCAGAGGCACCCCUUUGAGCGAAUAGCCACACCUUUCCAAGUUUACAGCUGGACGUCCCCGCAGGUAGACCACGCCAUGGACUGCGUACGAGCAGAGGAUGCCUACACCUCCCGUUUGGGUUACGAGGAGCACAUACCAGGACAGACUAGAGAUUGGAAUGAAGAACUUCAGACAACAAGAGAGCUCCCUCGGAAGAACCUGCCCGAGCGCCUGCUGAGGGAACGGGCCAUUUUUAAGGUCCAUAGUGACUUUGCAGCGGCGGCCACUCGCGGCGCCAUGGCCGUCAUUGAUGGCAACGUCAUGGCCAUCAAUCCCGGCGACGAGACACACAUGCAGAUGUUUAUCUGGAACAACAUCUUCUUCAGUCUGGGCUUCGACGUGCGGGACCAUUAUCGCGAGCUGGGUGGCGACGCGGCCGCCCACGCCGCUCCCACCAACGACUUGAGCGGCGUGAGAGCGUACGGGGCGGUGGACGUGGAGGGACUCUACACCUUGGGGACGGUGGUGGUGGACUACAGAGGCUACCGUGUCACCGCCCAGUCCAUCAUUCCAGGCAUCCUGGAGCGCGAGCAGGAGCAGAGCGUCAUAUACGGAUCCAUCGACUUUGGAAAGACGGUCGUGUCUCACGGCAAAUAUCUUGAACUCUUGGAGAAGACCAGCAGGCCGCUCAAAGUGCAGAGGCACAAUGUACUCAACGAGAAGAACGACGCGGUGGAGCUGUGCUCGUCCGUCGAAUGUAAGGGCAUCAUCGGAAAUGACGGCCGUCACUAUAUUUUGGACCUUCUUCGCACCUUUCCACCUGACCUCAACUUCCUUCCUGUGGAGGGAGAGGAGUUGCCUCCCGAGUGUCAGCGCCAGGGCUUCCCUCGUCCGCAUCGUCACCGCUUGGCCUGCCUUCGCCAGGAACUCAUCGAGGCCUUUGUCGAGCACAGGUAUCUCCUCUUCAUGAAGAUGGCCGCACUACAACUCAUGCAGCAGAAAGCCAACAAAGACGCCAACAAGAACGAAAUGCCCGCCAUCACUCAGACCUCAGAAACCGAGACAGACGCCGAUGCAAAACAAAGCGCUCCCUCAGAUUCUAGUGCCCAGGUCUCGACAGACUGCUCGGUCCAAACGGACAACGGCCUUGGUGCAACUGAAGGGGACGACAAACCCUUGAAGGCGGCCACCAACGGGCCCUUGGAGAACGGAGAGUGCAAGAGCCCACUGGAGGGUAAGGAGCUUGAGGAAAGUAUUCCUGGAUUAGCUCAGGCCAAAGAGCUGGCGGAGACCUUAGUUGCCGACGACGGAGCUGGUAUUGACCCCAAAAGCCGGGAAGUCGUUCUUAAUGCCUGCAAGGCAGUCGGCUCCAUCAGCAACACGUCUUUCGACAUCCGAUUCAACCCUGACAUCUUUUCUCCGGGCGUACGUUUCCCGGACGACAGUGCAGAUGACAUCCAGAAGCAAAAGCAGCUCCUCAAAGAUUCCUCCGCCUUUCUCGUUUCCUGCCAGAUCCCAUCUUUGGUUAAAGACUGUUUGGACCACAGCGCUCUGCCCAUGGAUGGAGCCACUCUGACCGAGGCCUUGCACCAGCGAGGCAUCAACAUUCGCUAUUUGGGUAACGUCUUGGAGUUUGUGGAUAAGACUCCUGCCAAAGACCAGUUGGAACACUUUUAUAGAAUAGGAAUCAUGGAGCUGAUCACCAGAUGUGCAAAACAUAUCUUCAAAACAUACCUCCAGGGAGUGGAGCUGUCGGCCCUCUCCGCCGCCGUAAGCCAUUUCUUAAACUGUUUCCUGAGCUCCUUCGCGGACGCCGUCGCUCACCUGCCGCCCGACGAGCUGGUGUCACGCCGCAAAAAUCGCAAGCGGCGCAAUCGAGUGCCCGGGAGCGGAGACAACACCGCCUGGGCCAGCCUGACGCCCAGCGAGCUGUGGAAGAACAUUGCCUCCGAGGCUCAGAGCUACUAUCACUUCACUGUCCAAUGUGAAAGUGUGGACCAGGUGGUGGACAAAUACGGCCUACAGAAAAUCACUCUGCUCAGAGAAAUUUCCGUCAAAGCAGGCAUCCAAAUAUUAAUAAAGGAGUACAACUUUGACAGCCGCCACAAACCUACCUUCACAGAAGAAGACAUCCUGAAUAUCUUCCCUGUUGUGAAGCACGUCAACCCAAAAGCCUCCGAUGCCUUCCACUUCUUCCAGAGCGGCCAGGCCAAGGUGCAGCAAGGAUUUUUGAAGGAGGGAUGUGAGCUGAUCAACGAGGCGCUCAACCUCUUCAACAACGUGUACGGAGCCAUGCACGUGGAGAUUUGUGCCUGCCUGCACCUUCUGGCUCGCCUUAACUACAUCAUGGGGGACCACGCUGAGGCACUCAGCAACCAGCAAAAGGCAGUUCUGAUGAGUGAAAGAGUUCUCGGCAUCGAACACCCCAACACCAUCCAAGAAUAUAUGCAUUUGGCUUUGUACUGCUUUGCCAACGGUCAGCUGUCCACCGCCCUCAAGCUGCUUUACAGAGCUCGUUACCUCAUGCUGCUGGUGUGUGGCGAGGACCACCCCGAGAUGGCGCUGCUCGAUAGUAACAUCGGUCUAGUGCUGCAUGGAGUGAUGGAGUACGAUUUAUCUCUGCGGUUCCUGGAGAACGCUUUGGCCAACAACUCAAAGUACCAUGGAGCCCGAUCACUCAAAGUGGCCCUCAGCCACCAUCUCGUCGCCAGAGUUUACGAAAGCAAGGCGGAGUUCCGCUCGGCACUCCAGCAUGAAAAAGAGGGCUACACAAUUUACAAGAACCAGAUGGGCGAAGCGCACGAGAAGACCAAGGAGAGCUCCGAGUACCUGAAGUACCUCACCCAACAGGCUGUGGCUCUGCAGAGAACAAUGAACGAGAUCUACAAGAACGGCUCCAGUGCCAGCAUCAUGCCGCUCAAGUUCACCGCUCCCAGCAUGGCCAACAUCCUGGAACAGCUCAACAUCAUCAACGGCAUCAUAUUUAUACCUCUCAGCCAAAAAGAUCUGGAGAGCCUGAAGGCGGAGGUGCAGCGACGGCAGCAGCUGCAGGAGCCAGAGAAGGGCGAGCAGCCCACCCAGGACAGCCCACCGGAACUGGAGGACAAAAUCCCCGUCGAUUAACGUCUAAAAACAAAUCCCCAAAAAACAACUCAACUCACUGCUACUUUUUUCUGUUGCGGAGGCUGUGUCGCUUAACGGCCUUGUGGUUAAACCCGUCAACCCGGGGGAAAAAGCGAGCACACUAUAUCAGCGUUGAAAUAAGACAAACAAAAGGGGGUGACGCGUGUGUCAAGGCAACACACACUGUGACGUGUAGGGCGGAGGGAAAGGGAGCAGGAAGCAGGAAGUUCCUACAAGGUAGGAAGACGGGUGCAAAGAUUGAAUCAGGCAGAAGGAGACCAAGGAUGUCCUUCCAAACCGGAGCCUUAUCCACCAGUUUCUCUUGGGACUCCAAAUAGAAGUGGGCCUUUUUUUUUUUUUUUUUUAGAAUGUACUACCCCCUCAUUCCUGAUGGUUCUUUAAAUCGCUCAUUUGUGCUGACGACCUGCCAGGUCCGACAAGCAAGCGCAGUUAAAACCACGCAAGGCUCGUUUUAGUUCUGCUGGAUCCGUACUUCUUCUCCACGUGCGAAGAGGAAAGGCCUUUUUCCACCUGUUCAUUUAAGCCAGCUCUGUUUUAUAGCAAAAAUGUAAGGUGGUGCCGCAUUUAAUCGCCAUAAACCGUCCGCUAGCUGUGUGCAGUCUUCUAUUUUUACACACGGACUCUGUGCAUGUGUGUUUGUGAACAUAGGCUUUACCAAAUGUUUUAUUUUUCUAUGCAUAGUCAACAUUUUGGACGCCCGAUGCCUCUGGAAAUCUGUCUUGGCACCAAAAUUAACCUCAACAUGUUUCUGUGCUGUUCUCCUCCCCCCCCCACAAAGCAGUAUGUAGUGCACUUUCCGCACAGUUCUGAAUGUGUCAUGAGCACAUUUUGCAGCCUAAAGUGGACAAAAAAAAAAGGUGACAGUUUGCGCUUGUAUACAUGCAAUGUGUAACUUUUAUUAGUUGCCAUGUAUAAAUGUUGUUGGAUUAAAGCAAUAUAGAGACAAUGCUGGAAAUGAUUGUAAUUAGAAGUGCAAAAAAUGGCAUAGUGACUAAAAUACCCGUUUAAUAACACAAUACAAAAGUCAUCGCAGUCUUUUUUUUUUGUUAAGUCAACAAACUUGUGUUUGCGGCAGAGCGGAAUAUAUCCUCCAUAAAGGUGAUUUAUGCAAUUUGCUCUUGGUCUGUUUUUACUGUUGACUGAAUCACUACCAACAGCGCCCGCAAGGGGGCGUGCUAACACUUCCUGGUAGAAGACCGCGAAGACGUCAUUUUUAUCUCGCGGAAUGUGUGCUUGUGAUGUGUGGCAAUUGUGACGUGAAUAUUUUUGUUUUUGUUUUUGGUCUGUGUGCUUUUAUAUCUAAAAUAAUAUUACAAAGUAGAAGUUUAUUGUUUGGGGGGGGAAGGAAAUAUUGAUCUGAUUUACAAAUGACAGUGUUGUAUAAAAGGAACAUUGAUUUCAAAGCAGUGACGUCAACGUAAUUGAGCAAAGUCAUUUGAUACUGGGGUCGAUAUUUCUGACAUGCGGGCUGUUCUGGGUCCAAACUAAUAAAACAGUAUAAACCUGAA